GAGCACGAAUGCGGCCUUGAUAAUCGCUUUUCAAUAAACAAGAAGAUUAAGAUUUGACUCAGGCUGGUGGCGAAGGCUAGAGGUGGUGGUACUUUGGCUCAAUCUCAGUAAGCUCUGCAUCAUAUUGCGUUUGAUAGUGAAACGUGGUAGACGGUGAGGCGAUAGUGAUAAGGAAGACGGCGGACACGCUAAGUAAAGAUGAUAAGACAUUAUAUCUUGGGCUGCGUUUUAGCAAGCUCCUUAAUCCUUUUGGUAAGCUCCUUCAGAGGUGACGACUUUGCUGAUCUCCCAGGUCCUUAUUGUGAAAACAUUGGAUGCUGCAACAAUAGAUUAGAUUCUUGCUCAGUGCCUAUUUUGGGUACAUUAUGUUACUGCGACGAGUUUUGUAACUCUAGUAGAGUGGAUGACUGUUGCCCAGAUUACUGGUCGCACUGUAGAGGUAUAACUUUCCCAACUACAGAACGAACACGUCCAACACCCCCACAACCCCCAGAGAACAUAACCGGAUGUCAGUGGGGCGACAGAACCCUCUUCCUUAACCAAAAAGUUAAGGAUAACUGCAAUGAAUGUACAUGUGCCAGACAAUCCGAACUCUUGUGCGAAAGAAAUGUAUGUCUUGUUGACCAAAACAUCAUUGAAACUGUAAACAGAAAUCCAGAUGAGUUUGGAUGGACGGCUCAAAACUAUUCCGAAUUUUGGGGAAGAACUUUAGACGAUGGAGUCCAAUUCAGAUUAGGGACACUUCCACCUCAGCGUUUUGUAAUGACAAUGAAUCCCGUCAAAAGAAUUUACGAUCCAAACUCACUCCCCAGAGAUUUCGACUCCAAUUCAGUCUGGCGUGGUUUAAUCACUGGCAUUCAAGAUCAGGGAUGGUGUGGAUCGUCUUGGGCUAUCUCAACAGCUGCUGUUGCAUCUGACAGGUAUGGUAUCGUGUCUAAAGGAAAAGAAGCAGUUACGCUCAGUGCUCAAAACUUAGUCUCCUGUGAUACUCAAGGACAACAAAGCUGCACUGGUGGUCAUCUUGAUAGAGCGUGGUCAUUUACUAAAGCUUACGGUCUUGUAGAUGAAGACUGUUUCCCCUACGUGGCCAGAAACGAAAGAUGCACAAUCAAACGAAGAGGAACUCUAGAGGCGGCUGGCUGCCGGCAACAACGAUUUGCUGAAAGAAGAGGAAGAUACACCGUAGGACCUGCCUACAGAUUAGGAAACGAGACUGAUAUCAUGUAUGAAAUUACUAGAUCUGGUCCAGUUCAAGCUACAAUGAAAGUUUAUCACGAUCUGUUUACAUACAGCGGAGGAAUAUACAAACACUCAGAUUUGGCUGUCAACCACAAACAAGGUUACCAUUCUGUAAGGAUUGUUGGAUGGGGUGAAGAAUAUAACUACAGAGGAGUUCAAAAGUACUGGAAAGUAGCCAACAGUUGGGGUGCCAACUGGGGAGAAGACGGAUAUUUCAGAAUCGUAAGAGGAACCAACGAAUGUGAAAUUGAGUCGUUUGUUAUCGCUUCCUGGCCACACGUAUCUAGAAAGAUUUUAUUGUCAAACGAAUUGGGAACAAACUCAGUAUAUUAAGCAAAAAUAUGUUGUAGACCGUUUUAAUAUCUCAUGACGAAUAUCAUCACAACGAUGUUUGCAUUCAUGUUUUUAUUGUACACCAAAAAUCUUUGUAAAUUCCGUGAGAUUCAUAAACUGAUCUACUUUUAUUCAAGCUUUACUGUUAUUUGUGAAAAUUUAUACUUACCAAAUAUUUUUAGUGUUACUAAAAUGCCAUACAAACCAUUAUAACAAAGUACUUAAGCAACGAUGGUGAAAUUGUUUUAUUUCAUUCAUUACUUUUAUUAUAAGAUUUAUAAGUUCGUAGUACCUAAUGUAUUUGUCAAAAAAUUGUUAUGCCAAAAGAUCUUACAGCUCGUACUGUUACACAGUAUUGUGAUUUUUGACAGUUUGUUCGAAUAUUAGGAUUAGGUUUCUUAUCUGAUUUUUGUAUGUAGUGUCAUUUUGUAUUAUUAAUAAAUGCUAUAAGCGUCA